AUGACAAUUCGCAAGAACAUUUACGAGUUAUACACAACAUACAGCAUGUUCAUGCGAUCUUUCCGGGUCUUGAGACCCCUGAGCAGACUGCGGUGGCCACAAAUCCGAAACUACCAACGUCUUUUGCCCGAGCAAAACUCAGAACUCCUUUCUCUCAAACCAAUUACACCUAACGAUGCGUUCGUCAGCUGUACAGUUUUCGACAAACAAGGAGGAGUGUGUGCUGUAUCCAAAAAGUAUCCCAAAUGGACGUUCCUGGAGAAGCACAACCUGUACCCUCGCGAUCUGCGAAAAAUCGAUGCCACCGCUGUGGAUGUGAUUCCUAGCAUCGUCGUCAAACCAACCUGCAUAUUAAUCAAUUUACUGCACAUCAAAGCUAUGAUCUUGAAGGAUUCGGUGUACGUUUUUGAUACCUCGAACCCAGAAGCUGCUGUCAAGCUCAGCGUUCUUAUGUAUGACAUGGAGUCCAAACUCUCUUCCGCUGCUGGAGCUCAUUCGUCACAACUAUAUGAGCAUCGCGCGUUGGAAAGCAUUCUGAUGAAUGUGAUAACCUCGUUGGAGACCGAGUACAAACAGCAUUACGCGAUCUGUGGAAUUAUCUUGAACGACCUGGAAGACGAGAUCAAUAGGGACAAGCUGCGAGAUUUGUUGAUCAAAUCCAAAAACUUGUCUUCCUUUUAUAAGAAGGCCCUGCUUGUUCGAGACGUCUUGGAUGAGCUGCUGGACAGCGAUGAAGAUCUGGCUGGCAUGUACCUUGGAGUACACAAGACCGAAAAUGACGAUUUUGCAGAUCUCGAGAUGUUACUCGAAACUUACUACAAACAGUGCGAUGAGUACGUACAGCAGUCCGAAACGCUUAUCCAGGACAUCAAAUCCACCGAGGAAAUCGUGAACAUCAUCUUAGAUGCUAACCGUAAUGCGCUAAUGCUGUUCGAGUUAAAGGUCACGAUCUACACUUUGGGAUUCACCAUUGCAACGCUCAUCCCGGCUUUUUACGGAAUGAACCUCAAGAACUUCAUAGAAGACAGCAUUUGGGGAUUUGGAAGUGUAGUAGUGUUUUCGGUUAUUGGUGCUGUGAUUGUGACACGAUCCAAUUAUAGAGCGCUUAGAUCUGUCACGAAGCUCACCAUGAUGAACAAUCAUAGCGGUGUAAGUUCCGCGAAGCAUGCCGCACAUGCUCAUAGUGCCGUCGAUAGAGAAGUUGUUGCUUUCCCAGCACGCUGGGCUCGUGGGCUGCGCGCUAUAUGGCGUGGAUCAAGCUAUCCUGUUCGAAAUGGCAAAGAAAGAGACAUGAUUUGGAAAUGGCUUGUAGAUGAUAAAAAAUGA